AUGGCAUAUGCCGGCUGCACCGUGCCUCUCGUCGUGACGAGCGUGUUCUGGGACUUCGUCGGUUUCCUGGUGCCCUGGUUCAUCCCUAAGGGUCCCAGCCGGGGAGUUACCAUCACCACGUUGGUGACCUGUUCCAUUUGCGGCUACCUCUUUUGGCUGAUUGCAAUUCUGGCCCAACUCAACCCUGUCUUUGGACCCCAGUUGAACAAUGAAACCAUCUGGUACCUCAAGCAUCAUUGGCCUUGAGGAAGAAGACCUGUUCACCAGUGCUCAGUCAUUGAGGUCACGAAGAGAACUCCUCU